CGGCCCCUCUCGCAGCGGAGACGGUCAGUCGGAGCCGGAGCUCCGAGCGAGAGGAGGGAAGAUGGCGUCCAAUGCAGAUCUUGGGAACUACGGGCAAUCUGCUCCUCAGAGCUAUGGGGCAUACAACACCCAGUCCAGCCAAGGAGGUUACUCGCAGCCCCCACCUCAAGGCUACAGCCACCAGGGCUACAGUGGCUACAGCCAGUCAGGGGACUCAUCGGCGUACGGCCAGGGUGCGGGCUACAGUUCAUCCUACAGUCAAGCGCAGAGUGGUUAUGGGAGUCAGCCUCCCUCUCAAGGCUACAGUCACUCUGGCCAAGGAGGAUACAGUUCAGGGGGUUACAGCAACACCCAGGGGUCCCAGAGUUCAUACAGUCAGCAGUCCUCUUACCCCAACUAUGGGCAGCAGCCAACCUCCACCUCCUCAACAAGCAGCUAUGGGGGCUCGAACUCCCAGCAGAGCUCGUAUGGGCACUCCCAGGGAGGUGGUUACAGCCAGCAACCGAGCUCCUAUGGUCAACAGGGCUCCUAUGGCCAACCACCAAGCUCUUACAGUCAGCAGCAAGGCUCCUAUGGCCAACAGCAGGGCUCUUACGGCCAGCAGCCCGGAUCCUAUGGCCAAGGCGGUGGUUACCAGGGCCAGCAAGGAGGAUAUGGCGGGCAAGGACAGUAUAGUGGGAGCAGUGGUGGUGGUGGUGGCGGCGGCAGUGGAGGUUCCUCUGGAGGAGGUGGGUACGGCCAAGAUGCCAGCCCCUCGAGUGGUUACGGAAACCAGGAAUCCGGCAGCUUUGGCAGCCAGCAGGACGGCCGUGGCAGGGGCCGCGGAGGCUAUAACCGUGGCAGCGGUGGCUUCGAGCGUGGUGGCGGCGGUGGAAGAGGAGGUCGUGGAGGUCGUGGUGGGGGCAUGGGCGGUGGUGACCGAGGUGGAUUCAAUAAGUUUGGUGGACCGAGAGACCAAGGACCCGGUGCUCCAAAUCCAGGCUCUGACCAGGAUAACUCUGACAAUAACACCAUCUUUGUCCAGGGGCUGGGUGAUAAUGUGACUGUUGACACGGUUGCCGAUUUCUUCAAGCAGAUUGGGGUGAUCAAGUUGAACAAGAGGACUGGCCAGCCGAUGAUCAACCUCUACACGGACCGUGAGACGGGCAAGCUGAAGGGAGAGGCCACGGUGUCCUUUGACGACCCUCCUUCUGCCAAAGCAGCCAUCGAUUGGUUUGAUGGGAAGGAGUUCAAUGGCAAUCUGAUCAAAGUCUCCUUUGCCACUCGGAGGACGGAGUUCAGUCGUGGGGGCAUGCGAGGUGGAGGAGGGAGAGGAGGCGGCGGAGGGCGAGCGCCAGUGGGCCGUGGAGGAUACGGUGGUGGUGGUGGUGGUGGUCCCCGUGGCAGCUUCUCUGGCGGUGGAGGUGGGGGAGGAGGCGGAGGUGGAUCUGGUGGUGGGCAGCAAAGAGCCGGCGACUGGAAGUGCACCAACCCGACAUGUGGCAACAUCAACUUCUCCUGGAGGAAUGAGUGUAACCAGUGCAAGUCGCCCAAGCCUGAAGGAGGCCCACCCCCAAUGGGUGGUUUUGGAGGUGAUCGUGGUGGAGGUGGUGAACGUGGUAGCCGCGGUGGCUUUGACCGUGGUGGUUUCAGGGGACGAGGUGGUGACAGAGGAGGCUACCGUGGCAGAGGUGGAGAUCGAGGUGGUUAUGGCAUGGGAGCUGGCAAAAUGGAUUCCAGGAGCGACCACAGACAGGACCGUCGGGAGAGACCCUAUUAGAUUGUGUACAUAUUCAUUGGGACCAUAUGGGAUUUGUACCUUUUAAUUUUUUUUAUUUUAUAUACCGUUACUGUGUUUGGAACGUGCUGCAAGCUGUGUAGUAACCGUUACAUUGUGUGGGGGGGGGAGCUGUUGUUUCAUUUUUGUUUUUGUAUCUGUUGGAUUUUACCUGUAUUUUCUCAAGUUGACAUUAAACUUCCAACUGUUUUAACAA